AUGCGCGCCCUGCCUGCCCGAGAUGCAGCCCCCAGCGAGCGGCCGCUGGCUCAGGACCCCAAGGCAGACCCGGAGCGGCCAUUGGCUCGGCCCGCGCGCAGGAGCGCGGUGGAAAGGUUGGCGGCAGACCGCGCCAAGUACGUUCGCAGUCCGCCUGGGUCCCACACGGGCCCGGCCUCGGAGGACGGCGGCCUCGGAGCUCCUGCGGAGCAGCACAGCCAUCUGGCUUCUCCGAUCCGCGCCCCCGCUCCAGUGGCACGGAGGGCUGUCGCGCGGAAGCCGCUGAGGCCCGACUCGCUGGUCAUCUACCGGCAGAAAUGCGAGUUUGUCCGAGCACCCGGCGCAGACGGCUCCAGGGCGAGCCUGGUGAAGAAGCUCUUCCAGAGUACUGGCAAGGACAAGGCGCCCCUCGAGACGUCCCGGGUUGGGGACACGGAGAUCGCGCGGCCCAAGCACGGCCCGGCGGUGGCAGCACCUCCAGCCCCUGCCGCGCCCCGAGUUCCUGCUGCGCCCCCAGUCGCUGCCGCGUCCCCUACUCCUGCCGUGCCCCCAGCCCCAGAGCUGCGGGUGGCCAGGCGCGGGGGUCUGCAUCGUUCGCGGUCAGACCUCAGUUCAUUAUACUCCAUGGCCAAGGCCGAGUUUGACACCUUCUUCCAGUACUGCGGACUGGACCCUGAGGUGGUGGAGGCUCUUGGGAGGGAGAACUUCUCCGUCGGGUCCGAUCGUGUCGCCCUCAAGGUGCGCAGCGUGAGCGUGGCCACCUCUGACAGUGGGUUCUCCCGGCACAGCGAGGAUGGGUUGCAGGAGGAAGAGCUCAUGGAGCAGGUGCCCAGCACCACCUCUGUAGUGGAGAGGAAUGCCCGCAUCAUCAAGUGGCUGUACACCUGUAAGAAGGCCAAGGAGACCCCCAGCCAGGAGCUGCAGGGUCCAGCGUGA